AUGGGAAGUGUAAAUAAUAAAAAAACAGAAUCAUAUGAUGCAAGCAAAUGGUCACAUAAAGAAGUAAAUAAUGCUAAUAAUUUAAAAAAUUAUGAUUUAUUACCUAUUUCUAAUUUAGAGGAAAUGUUAAUAUCAAAUAGAACAACAGAAAAUGAAAAUGAAAAUGAGAAUGAGGAAAUGACAGGAGAAUUUUUUUCUUCUUCAGAUUUUUCUACGAAAAUGUGUGAUAAAAAUGUAAAUUAUUUUGAAAAUGAUAAUAAUGAUUUACUUAAUAAAAGUAUAAAAACAUAUAAUGCAAAAGAUAAAGAAAUAAAAAAAUUUGAGAAUAAUGGAAAUAACCAAGAUAAAAAGGAGAAUAAUAAUUACUAUAAAGAAGGUGAAGAUAAUAAUGAUAAUAAAACAUAUUCCGAUAAUAUAGAAAGUAGGAAUGUAAAAAAUGAUUUCUAUAAAAAAAUGGAAAGUAAAAAUGAAGUUAAGAAAACAAAUAAUCAAAUAAAUGAAAAUAUCAUGAAAAUAUUUAUAAAUAGUAUAAAAAAUAACAUUGAAAAUGAUGAUUAUACAACUCAAUGUUAUGACGAAAAAAAGUUAUCUCCAUUAUAUAGGAAUAAAUUAGAAAAUUUAAGUGAGUCUUUUAAUGAUGUAAUAAAAGAUCAAGAUUUUAGCUCAGUUGAUGAAUUAAUGAAAGAUAUAAAAUUUUUUAAUAAUUCAAUGCAAACAAUAUCUUCAACAAAUAAUUUGUCAUUUCAUAACAAUAUAUCAAAAAUGUAUUCAGAAUUAGCUUCUAAUAAAAAUUUAGAAUCUCUUAAUAAUCUUUAUAAAGAUUCCCUUUGUAAUAAUGUAGAAAAGGAAAAUUCCCAAAAAUGUUCUUUACAUGAUGAAUUGACAGAAAAAGAAGAAAAAGGUAUUCCAGAUGAAUCCAUUGAAAAUAAUUCUUUAAAAAUUUUUAAUACUACUAUGAAUUAUCUGAGUAAAGAAUUUUUGUAUGACAUGCCAAAAAGUAGAUGCAAUUCUAAUUCUAAUUCUAAUGAAAUGGAUGAAUUACAUCAAAGGGAGAUUGAAAAAAAAAAAAAUGUACAAGAUAGUGAAGUAAACAGAACAAAAUUAAAUAUAAAUGAAAUAAGCCCAUUAAAUUUAAGAAAAAAUGAGGUAAAUAAUAUUUCUUCUAAUCAAUGGGAUAAAAUGAAAAAGAGUUUUCAUGAUAUUGAAAAUAACUUAAUAGAUUUAAACAAGUUAAAGUUAGAAACUUGUGAAAAAAAUUUACAUAAAAUUGGUGAUGAAGAUUUAUUAAUAAAAGGAAAAUCUUCCAAUUUCAAUUAUGUGAACAGUGAUUUAGCAAAUUUCAACUAUGCCAAUAGCGAUUUUCCAAGCUUAGAUUACACUGAAGUUAAUUCACAAAAAUUAGAAUUAACAAAAAGUAAUUCACCCAACUUUAAUUUUGCAAAAAUUGAUUCCCCUAAUUUGAACUAUUUGAGUAGUGAUUCACCUAAAGUUAAUUUUGCAAAAAACAAUUCAUCAAAUUUUAAUUAUAUAAAUAAUGAUUUACAAACUAAUUUGGAUUUAGUUAAAACUAGUACUCCAAUUUUACAUCCUAUGAAUAAUAAAUCUCCAAAUUUAAAUUUCGUAAAAAUAGAUUCUCCUAAGUUAAAUUUCUUGAAAAAUGAUUUAUCAAAUAUAAAAAUUCCAAAGAAUGAAUCAUCAAAAUUAGAAUCAGGUAAAGUAAGUACUGUGAAAAUGAAGUCUCCAAAAAACAUUAACAAAAUAUGUAGUAAAGCAGUAAUAGGUUCUCCUAAGGCAAUAAAAAUGAAGAGUAAAGUAAAUGAAAAUGUAAAAACACCAAAAAUGAUGAAAAGAAAUAGUGAUAAUAACACAAUUAAAAUAGAUAAUAGGAUAAAUACCGCUACAGCAAAUACUACUUCACAUACUCAAAAUUUCGCGAAUAUUUCUAAUAACACAAAUAUACAUGGUAAAAUAAGUAAGAAUGAAAAAAAUGCAUUAGGUGGUGAAAAAGAUAUAACUUAUAAUAUGAAUGUUGUAAUAAGAUGUAGACCAAUGAGUAUAGCUGAAAAAAAUGACGGAGCAAAGAAUGUAAUAAAAAUUUUAGAUAACAAAAUGGUAGUAUUGCUAGAUCCGUCAGAUAAUUCCGAUAAUGUAUUGAGACAAAAUAGAAGUAGAGAAAAAAAAUAUGUUUUUGAUUAUGCUUUUGAUGAAAAUAGUUCCCAAGAAGAUGUAUAUAACAAUAGUGUGAAAUGUUUAAUUGAUGCAGUAAUAAAAGGAUAUAAUUCUACUGUUUUUGCUUACGGAGCAACAGGUGCCGGAAAGACGCACACUAUUAUUGGAUAUAAGAACGAACCUGGAAUUAUGAUGAUGAUAUUAAAAGAUUUAUUUGAGAAAAUAAAAAGUUUAGAAGUGCUAAAUGAAUAUAAAGUAAAAUGCUCUUUUAUUGAAAUAUAUAAUGAAAAUAUAUGUGAUUUAUUGAAUCCAUCUAGUGAAUAUUUAGAUUUAAGAGAAGAUCCGAUUAAAGGAGUAACUGUUUCUAACAUUUUUGAGGUAUGCACUACAUCUGUGGAAGAAAUAAUGGAAUUAAUUCAUACUGGAAAUAGAAAUAGAACACAAGAGCCGACAGAUGCAAAUAAAACAAGUUCAAGAAGUCAUGGAGUAUUACAAGUAAUAGUUGAAGAAACAGAAAAAGGGCAAGGCAUUUAUCAACAGACGAAAAGAGGAAAACUAUGUGUAAUCGAUUUAGCUGGAAGUGAAAGAGCUAGCCAAACUAACAAUAAAGGAAUGAGAAUGUUAGAGGGAGCAAAUAUUAAUAGAUCCUUAUUAGCUUUAGGUAAUGUAAUAAAUGCAUUAGUAUUAAGAAGUAAAGGAUCAAGUAAAUCUAAUUUCAUUCCGUUUCGUGAUAGUAAAUUAACUAGAUUAUUAAAAGAUUCAUUAGGAGGAAAUUGCAAAACUGUUAUGAUAGCUAAUAUUAGCCCAUCUCAUUUGUCAUAUGAAGAUACUCAUAAUACUUUAAAAUAUGCAAAUAGAGCAAAAAAUAUAAAAAAUAUUGUUACAUCUAACUCAAUUGUUGUUAAACAUCAUCUCACCAUGUAUAUUGAUGUUAUUGAAAAAUUAAAAAAUGAAAUAGAGUUUUUAAAAGAACAAUUAAAUGAAAAAGAAAAAGUGAAUGAGUAUAUGAGUACCAGUUCAACAAACUAUGACUAUUAUGAUAUCAUAAAGGAUUAUGAAAAAAAUUAUUCUAAAGAAGAAUUAAUAAAUAUUAUAUGCAAUUUAAAAAAGGAAAAUCAGAAACUGAAAUUAUGUGAUCAUAAUGAUAAUAAUAAUAAUGGAAAUAGCAAAGUAUGCGAUGAUACAUAUAACGAAUUUUCUGUAGAAGAAAUUUCUAAAUAUAAAGAAGAAAUGACUAAUUUAAAAUUAAUGAAUGAAAAAUUAUUUUUGGAUAAUAAAAAAUUCCAAAUAAAAUUACAAGAGUAUAUGCAAAUUUCUCAAAAUUUAAAAUCAUUAAAUGAAGAAUAUAAAAAACAAAUUGAUGGAUUUAAAAUUAUGAUUUACAAUCAUGAUGUUAAUCAUAUUCAAAUAAAAAAAAAAUUAGACGAUUUAAAAAAGAAAUAUACUCAAUUAAAGGAAAAUACAGGGGAUAAAGAAAAUGACGAUAUUUUUGAAAAAUGGAAAAAUGAAUUAACAAAACUUUUAAAUGAAAGAAAAAAAAUUAAAAUGAUUGUUUUAGACAUAGAGAGAAAACUAAUUGAAAAUAAUGAAAUGAGAAUAAAAAAAAUUUCGGAUGAUGAUAUUAAAAUAUUGCAGGAAAAUAAGGAUAAGAUGGAUCAACAGUUAAGGAAUAAUAUUUCUCAGACGAAUAAUUUAAUAAAAGAGUUACCAAUUAAAAUAAAAGAUGAACAAAUGAAAAAUUUUUUAUAUCUAUUUUAUACUAACAAAGUGUUGCUACAAGAAAAAGAAGAACUACAAGAAUUUUUUGAAUUGUCAUCUACUAUAAUUGGCCAAAAAGAAAGACAAAUUGAAGAAUUAAGAGAUCAGCUAAAAAUGAUAGAUGCUCCUGUUUUAUCAAAAAAAUAA